AUGGAGAAUACUACUGAGAACAAAUCGUAUACUUUAGUAAUUAAACUGGGUUCUUCAUCCUUAGUCGAUGAGAAGACCAAAGAGCCUAAGCUGGCCAUCAUGUCACUUAUCGUCGAGACUGUAGUCAGACUGAGAAGAAUGGGACACAAAGUCAUUAUUGUUUCCAGUGGUGGUAUUGCUGUCGGUUUGAGGACCAUGCAUAUGGAUAAAAGACCAAAACAUUUGGCGGAAGUUCAAGCUAUCGCAGCUAUUGGGCAAGGUAGGUUGAUCGGGAGAUGGGAUCUUUUAUUUUCCCAAUUCGACCAACGUAUUGCUCAAAUUUUAAUAACAAGAAAUGAUAUAUUGGACUGGACCCAAUAUAAGAAUGCCCAAAACACAAUUAAUGAACUGUUGAAUAUGGGGGUUGUUCCUAUUGUUAAUGAAAAUGACACUUUAUCCGUUAGUGAGAUUAAAUUUGGUGACAAUGACACUUUAUCUGCAAUCACGUCGGCUUUGAUCGGUGCAGACUAUCUUUUCUUAUUGACAGACGUGGACUGUUUAUAUACUGAUAAUCCAAGAACAAACCCAGAUGCUAUGCCAAUUUUGGUUGUCCCAGAUCUGUCCAAGGGUUUACCAGGCGUGAACACCACUGGCGGUUCAGGCUCAGAUGUUGGCACUGGUGGUAUGGAAACAAAAUUGGUUGCUGCUGAUUUGGCAACAAAUGCGGGUGUUCAUACACUGAUCAUGAAAAGUGAUACCCCUGCAAACAUAGGAAAGAUUGUAGAAUACAUGCAAACUCUAGAUCUUGAUGAUGUGAAUAAGGUCAAAAAGGCGUACGAUGGUGAUUUAAAGGAACUACAAAAAACAGAACUCAAAAAAUUACAAGCCCUUGGCGUCCCAUUGCAUACAAAGUUCAUUGCUAAUGACAAUAAACACCAUCUGAAAAACAGAGAGUUUUGGAUUUUGCACGGCCUUGUUUCUAAAGGUGCUAUUGUUAUUGACCAAGGGGCAUGUGCUGCCUUGACAAGAAAGAAUAAAGCUGGGCUGUUGCCGGCGGGUGUUAUUGAUGUUCAGGGUACUUUCCAUGAGUUAGAAUGUGUUGAUAUAAAAGUGGGGAGAAAGUUGCCAAAUGGUGAAAUAGACCCAGAAUUUCCUUUGCAAACUGUCGGCAAGGCAAGAUGUAACUACACUAGUACAGAACUAACGAAAAUUAAAGGUCUGCACAGCGACCUAAUCGAGGAAGAGUUAGGUUAUAGUGACAGUGAAUAUGUCGCACAUAGAGAAAAUUUGGCAUUCCCACCUCAUUGA